AUGACACUUCCCCAUUUACUCAUGAACCACGAGCGGGGUACCCCAAUUGCGGCGAAGCAAUAUGAUCGAGGUCCCCCCGAUGGGCACGUCGUAAAAUGCUACAACCUCCCGGAACAUAUAUGCGGAGAAGGGAUCCUUUAUUACCUCCUGGACGUACAAAAAGACGCCGGGUUUGAAAUUAAAAAAGUGCUAAGACCGGUGAAGGAAGAAACGAAUCUGUAUCCAUGGAAAGUGAUCUGCAAUGAGAAGUUUGCAUCCUUCCUUCUACAGCAGGAGAGGAUCCAAAUAUAUGAUGAUUUGAAGAGGAAUAACAGAGUUCUGGUGAGACUACCCCGCGGGAAGGAGACACACGGUGAGGAAGCAUGUACAGAUGGACUGGACAAAGGGGGUGACGUCCCACCAGACGACACAGUCGAAGAUGGGGUAGCUCCAAAAAAGGAAGAGACAAAAGGAACUAUCUUCCGUUUUAUCCAUCCUCGAAAAGACGAUGGGGAUGCAGGCGACAGUACAGGGGACCCCUCCUGUUAUAGCAGCCAUCUGGUUUCAUCGUCCCAAAGUUAUGACUUAAAUGAAGUAAAAAAAGUGAAUAGAGGGCUCAUUGACGCGGCUUCCAUCUCGAUUACCAUCGGGGAGGGGGCUCCAAGAGGGGAUGGCUCAUACUUAAGUCUUGGCCCCGAAUUUGAAAGAGACCUCGGUCAAAUUGGCAACGGGGUGCAGUACUGUUUAUAUGAAGAGUCCCUUUCUGGAGGAGAAGACCCCCGUGGUGGCGACGGUAACGGUUACGACGAUGGUGACAGUAGUGACGACAGCGAGGGUGACCUUUCAAAUGAUGGAGACAGUGACUGGUUUGGCAGCGAGUCCAGAUUUGCAACCGAUGGAGAAGGAAUCCCAAAGAGGAGAAGAGACAACCCAUGCCGAGCUGAGAAGCACCACGGGGAAGGAGACGAAGAAGUCGCGUGGACGAAGAGCCACACCAGGAUGAACAACAAACCAAGGGAGGGCCAAGACAGCGCAAAGGAGGACUCACAAGAGGAAAGAGAAAAAUACGCAGAGUCCUAUCGGAGCAGUAAUUCCAAGAAUAUAAAGCGACACAAGUGUGAAGACUAUUACCAAAGGAAGGAUUCUUUCAAAUUCAUCCGAAAUAGGAAUCAUUCCAACACAUCUGACACGAAAAGUGGAAGCGAAUUGAAGAGUUUAGUUAGCUUCUAUCGAAAUGACGACACGAGUGUGCGCAAUGGGGAGGAAGGCAUUAUCACCGGCGCUCCAAGUUGUAGUAAAAGGCACAGCAGUAUUAUGUCAUUCGAUUGGGAGAAAGAUCCCAAGGGAAGAGACACACAGGAAAAUAAAGACUGCCUCCUAGCAGACCAAAUGGAUGAGCAUACCAAAAGGAGCAGGAAAAAAAACACAUCCUAUGAUGCAAUCGAGGCCAUAAUAAAUGAACAGAGGGAGCUUUUAAGAAAAAUUAAAAAGAGGAAAAAAAUGAACAGAAGAGGUCUGAACCAUAUUAACAUUUACUUUUGUCCAGGUAGCAUAGACCAAAUAGUUAGAGACGUACGGGAGGAGGACGCAGGGGUGAGUGUACCAACGAUGGUGGAGUUCCCACUGGAGGAGAAAAGGCAAUUCCUUCUGAAUGUCUAUGGCUGGAGGAUGGAGGAUCAUCACAAGGAUCAUCACCGGGAUGAUCACCAUCAGGAUGAAGAUCUCCAACAGCCUGUUCAUAAAAUAAAGUUGAAAAGAGGCAACCAAAAUGGGGAGGGAAAAGAUCACAUAGAGGAAGGGACAGAAAUAGAGAAGGAUCCACUUGACCAGAGUUAUUACAACCAAGGGAAAGGACCAAACAGGGAUGAGGCAUCCCAAGGGGAGCAAUCCAUUCGUGAGGAUACCUCCCGUAAUGGCUUCCACGAAAAUCGCGCAAGUGUCAUCAGUGGGAGGAGCGUAGAAAGGCGCCAAGAUGGCUACGAUCCGAAGCGAGGCGGAUUGGCCAUAUGGCCCAGCCACCUAGGCUGGAAAGAAAUCUCAGAAGAAAUUAAGAGCAAGUUAUGCGUCGUCAUUAAAAACAAGCCAGCCGAAUGGAGCGAUUACGAUUUGAGGAAGUUCAUAGAGUCCCAAUUUUCAGGCACCAAUCACUUCCCCGUUUUUGAAGAUAUAUUUUUAACAAAGAAUUGUCCUAACAUAGCUACCGUUGCUUUUAAGAAUGAAAGAUUAAAAGAAAAUUUCUUGAAGUGCCAGAAGUUUAAGUUACCCUCUUCGAUCAGGCGAUAUGGAAACGAUGGCAGCUACCACCACAGCAGUAGAUACUCCAGUUUUCUAAUCCUGCAGGAAUAUAUAGUAUCUCAUAAUGGAAGCCAUCUUCAUAAUGCAAAGAAGCAGUCGGGCCAGAGAAAAGAUGGCGGCGAUUAUACCCUCCCGGAAAAGUAUAAGGGGAACCAUUCCGAGGUUGCCCCUACCCGAAUGGCGGAAUCUACAAAGGAUGACUUUUCUAGGAGUGGUAAGUACCAAAGUCGUAACUACAAAUAUGUAUCAGACAUGCGAUCAGAUGGAAGACACGCCACUAAGAACCGCCACCAUGAUAGGAGUGAGAUGAACACGAGGAUUACUCAGUACGGAAAGCAUGUCUACCACACAAGGAGUUAA